CUCUCUCUCUCUCUUCCUCUACCUCCCUGUCUGUCUUUCUCUCUCUCUCUCUCUUCCUCUGCCUCCUUGCCCAUCUAUCUCAGAGAUCACUCGUGACUCACCAGAAACAGAAAUGGACUGUUGCUAUCUUGCUGAAUUUCAGGGAGUUCAUUGAGAAAGAAAAAUACAGUGUGUUGGGGUGUGGAACUCUGGCUGACUGCUCACGACCCUCCCCGCCGACGCACCAACCCUUUGUGGCUGGCCUAAUGCUAACAGCUGACACUGCUGCUACCAUCACCCCCAACCCCCGCAUGGAAUUCAUCCACACAGGACCCAAGACAAGGGAAGGAUGUCCUGCCUAAAGUGCCUGAAACACACCAUGUGUGGGGUGAACUUCAUCUUCUUUAUCUGUGGCAUCACCAUCUUGGGGUUCGGGAUCUACCUGAACACGACGUUCAAGUACAACUCCCUUCUCCCCUCUCUCCCGGCCAUGAGCUUCCCCAACAUCUUCUUCAUCAUCGGCAUCUUCAUCACCUGCUUGUCCUUCCUGGGUUUCCUGGGGGCCCUCAAGGAGAACCGCUGCCUCCUACUUUCCUUUUUCACGCUGCUGUUCCUGUUGAUGCUGAUUAAGCUGAUUUUGGCCUGCCUCCUGCUCAUGUACGAGAAAGAGUUGGACACGAUCAUUAUGAAAGAACUUAAUAAGAGUUUGGAAAAGGCAAAGAACAAUACAGGCAUGGACGAUUGGGACACCAUUCAGAAAGCCUUGCAAUGCUGUGGGGUAAGCAACUCAUCCAACUGGAACAAAAACAUACCGGACUCAUGCUGUAAAGAACCCUGCAAAGAAGAGAAGUCUACUUACUGGGAAAAGGGUUGUUAUGACAUGCUGAAGGAGUUGAUUGAAAAUAAUCUUCUAAACAUCGGGAUUGGUAUCAUCUGCGUGUGCAGCAUUGAGGUGCUGGCCAUGUGUUUUUCAUUGACCCUCUUCUGUCACAUCAAAAAUUCUGGACUGGGGUACAAGUGACGAGACUAAAGCAGCUGCCGAGAGAACGCUUCUUCGUUUAUAAUGUUGUAUUGAAACUAUUUUGCAACAUUAAGCGUCACGGCAUGAUGCUGCUCAAGGCACCUUAGAAGAAACAAGAACUUUUUUUGCUAACUAUUGCUCAAUAUGCUUGUAACAGUAGACAGAUUAGAUAUAUUAAUACUAGGUGUCUGUGCAUAUAUAAACACCGUAACUGGACUGUUACGUUCAACAGUGAUCUGCGGCAUGUAUAUAUAAAGCUUCAGUGUAUUUAUACGACAGCUUAAUUCUCAUAUGAGGGUAAAUGCACAUCGCAGUUGCGGCCAUUUUGUUUAUCUAAACCCCGCCUAACCAUUUUCUGUUGUAUGAUAAUUUCCAUGUGAACUUGUCAUUUAUGGAGUAGGCAAUGGGUAGGUGAAAACUGCUUUCCAUGCCCUGUAACCUGAAUGUGCUUGUGGAAACAUGCAGGGUAUGACAAGGUGGUGACUAUAUGGACUAUAAAGACACUGGGUCGUAAGGUCAGUGCAGCUCUGACCCAUGCCCAUAGAACUGUGGCACAGUGCAAUAACACCAGUAUACUGUACCACACAUUAAAAGCUGCAGCAACCAGUAUUUCUUCCAGUGACCUAUAAAGCUUUAGAAAUGGAUCUAUGAAUAUCAGGUUCACAUUUAAGUGAACCUUCAAGUGUAUUUUAGAUGUAAUUGAGAACACAUUUGCUGUAUCAUGCUACUAUUACAUCGAUUUCUCUGAAGUGCUGUAAUGAUAAUUUUGUUAAAUUCCUCAUCUUUAAAUGCUAUUGUAUUCAGACCAAAACAUAUUUCAUAAUGUAAUGUUGAAGAAACCAGCAGGGCUGGUUAUUAUAGUUGGCUCAUAUCAUAUAUUCUCACAUUAUAUUCAUUUCCAUAGUUAAUGUACAUUUAAUUAUCAUGCUGUUUAACACUGUGCUAAUUUUUUGUGUCCAUGUUUAAACAUCCAUGUACUCUGCUGUACAUAAAAAACCUGUUUUGUUUCUGCCAAAAAUAAACAAAACACAAGCUCA